AUGUAUUCCUUUGCAGAUAUGAAUAUUUUAUUAUGGAAGAAUUUCCACAGGGUUCCUAAGAGCAGAUUGUUCCAGCAAAGAAUGUUGUGUCUGUAUAACGAUACUCAUGGUUUUGAAGAAGAUGAAAUAAAGAAAAAGCUUCAGCACUUUAUGGGUGGCUCUGUCGACCUUUCUAAAAAAGAUGAUGGAAUUGGAGUCCUUACACUGAACAAUCCGAGGUUUAUGAAUGCAUUUACAGGAACAAUGAUGAUAGAACUACAGGAAAGAAUUAUUGAACUAGAAGAUUGGAAGGAUGGGAAAGGACUUAUUAUCCGUGGUGCAGGAAAUACUUUUUGCUCUGGAUCUGACCUGAAUGCAGUGAGAGCACUUUCCAGCUCUCAGGAUGGGAUGAAUAUGUGUAUGUUCAUGCAAAACGUCUUAACCAGACUCAUGAGGUUACCUCUAAUCACAGCUGCAUUAGUUCAAGGGAAAGCUCUAGGUGGGGGAGCAGAAUUAACUACAGCAUGUGAUUUCAGGUUAAUGACUCCAGAAAGUGAAAUUAGAUUUGUCCACAAGCAGAUGGGCUUAGUGCCAGGCUGGGGAGGAGCUGCCAGGCUUACCCAAAUCCUUGGCAGCAGUCCUGCCCUCAAGUUGUUGAGUGGUGCUGUGAAACUGGAUCCAGAGAAAGCUCUUCAUAUUGGCUUGGUAGAUUCCAUCUUGUCCUCAUCUGAUGACCACGAUUCUCUGAGAGAAAUGCACACAUGGCUUAAGCCAUAUACCACAGGCCCUGCUGAGGUCAUUCAGGCUGUGAAGAAAGUUGUUUCAGCAGGAAGAGAGCUACAAUUAGAAGCUGCCUUGAGGAGAGAAAAAGAGAUAUUUGGAACAGUCUGGGGUGGUCCUGCUAAUUUGCAGGCAUUGGCUCAGAGAACAAAACAUAAAUGAGACCAUUUUCAUCUCACUUUCUUCAACUAAAACAGCUGCUGCCAAAGAGGACUUGUGGGAAACCUUCCAAACAUUAUGAAUUCAGUAGAUUAUAAGCCUUAUUAAGCCAGUUGUCCUGGAAUGCCACUGGCGUUGCACUGGCAAUUAACUAGAGAUGCCACCCCAGGCUUUUUAA